AUGUCUGAAAACACCGCAAAAUCUCCCAUCAAAACUGUGGUAGUUUUAGUCCAAGAAAAUCGAUCAUUUGAUCACGUGCUUGGAUGGAUGAAGUCCCUUAACCCCGAAAUCGAUGGCGUGACGGGCAACGAAUCCAACCCUUUAUCCACAUCCGAUCCAAACUCAACCCGAAUUCACUUUGGCAAUCGAUCAGGCUACGUCGAACCAGACCCGGGUCACUCAUUCGAAGCGACAUAUGAACAAAUAUAUGGUGUGCAAUGGGAGGAGUCCCAAAAUCCCCCUCCGACAAUGGAAGGAUUUGCCCAGCAAGCAGAAAGUAUACAGAAAGGGAUGGCAGAUAUAGUAAUGAAUGGAUUUAAACCAGAAUCUGUACCUGUUUACAAAGAAUUGGUGACUGAAUUUGCUGUGUGUGAUCGGUGGUUUUCUUCAGUUCCGACAUUGACGCAACCAAAUCGGUUGUUUAUACACUCUUCAACUUCCUAUGGCGCCACAGCUAAUGAUACAAAAAUGCUUGUUCAAGGGUACCCACAGAAGACAAUUUUCGAAUCAAUUGAAGAAAAUGGUUUUUCUUUUGGAGUUUAUUAUCAGUUACCUCCUUCAACACUCUUCUACAGAAAUCUCAGAAAAUUGAAGUACAUGGAUAAUUUCCAUCAAUUUGAUCUUCGUUUCAAGAGGCACUGCGAGGAGGGAAAACUACCAAACUAUGUAGUAAUUGAACAAAGAUAUUUCGGUACUAAAUUGUUUGAAGGAAAUGAUGAUCACCCUCCUCAUGAUAUAUCUGAAGGACAAAAAUUUGUGAAACAAGUCUAUGAAGCGCUAAGAUCAAGUCCCCAGUGGAAUGAAAUCCUCUUCCUCAUCAUAUAUGAUGAACAUGGUGGUUUUUAUGAUCAUGUUCCUAUACCGAUUGAAGGAGUUCCUAGUCCCGAUGACAUUGUCGGCCCUGAACCAUAUAAGUUUAAGUUCGACCGCCUUGGUGUUAGGGUUCCGGCAAUUUUGAUAUCUCCUUGGAUUGAACCUGGAACAGUGUUAAAUAGGCCUUCUGGACCAUACCCUACUUCAGAAUUUGAGCAUUCCUCAAUUCCAGCAACUCUGAAGAAGAUUUUCAACCUGGAAGCGUUCUUGACAAAGCGAGAUGCAUGGGCAGGCACAUUUGAAACCGUCAUAAACAGGACUACUCCAAGAACGGAUUGUCCCGUAACUCUGGCGGAACCGGUUAAAAUGAGGCACACUGAACCAAAUGAAGAUGCACAACUAACUGAUUUCCAACAAGAGCUGGUGCAAAUGUGUGCAGUGUUGAACGGUGACCAUACAAAGGACAUUUAUCCUCACCAAAUAGUGAAAGACAUGAAAGUUGUUGAGGCUGUUGAUUAUAUGGAAAACGCAUUUCAGAAGUUUAAGGAUGACUGUGAUCAUGCUAGGAUAAAUGGAGCUGAUGAAUCCAGCAUUGUUAUCCUUGCAAAUCCACCUAAGAAAAAACACGAUUCGAAGGCCAUAGCGAAGAAGAUAUUUUCGUGUUUAACGUGCAGUCGCGACUAA